GGCCCCGAAGGCGGUCGGCCACUUCAACCAACCACGGCGGGACUUGGCGAGAUCUCACAGAAGCUCGAGCCUGCACCAGCUUUUUCCAGCGGGUCUUGAAACUUAUCAGAAUAAUAAUAUGUCCUUGUAUCACGGACAAUCUCAGUUCUAAAAAAUUUCCCCAUUGCCCUGUCUUGUGACUAGACAAGACAAAAUCUCAUCUAUCAUGGGCCCACAGUUGAAAAAGCGCAAGUUGACCACUGCGGUCGAGGAAGUCACAUUUGAUGAUACCGCGCGCCAUGAAUUUCUCACGGGCUUUCACAAGCGAAAGCUGCAGCGGGCAAAACAUGCACAGGAGAUCGCCGAGAAGAGAGCGCGAGAAGAGCGGAUACAGCAUCGGAAAAAGCUCCGUGAAGAGCGAAAUGCAGAAUUUCAACGGAUCCUGGAGGAAAAUGAGAGACAGCUGAAAAAGCUGCGGGAAGAUACCGACUCUGAGUCUGAAGAAGAGUCGGAUUCAAACGAGGAGGAAUGGAAGGGGUUCGAAGAGCCUCCGGCGGUGGACUAUGAAGCCGAAUAUAUUGACGAGGAUAAAUACACUACCGUCACAGUGGAGGAGAUGGAUGCUUCCAAGGAAGGCCUCUACAAAGCCGAGAAGGAUGAAUCGGAUGAGCACAGUAGUCGCAAACGGGAUACUGUGCCGGCUGUUACUAAGACCAAUUCUGCGACGAAGAAAGCCAAGAGAGCAGGUGAUGACAAACCGAAGAAGAAGAAAAAGAAGUUUCGCUAUGAAAGCAAGGAAGAGCGCAAACUAGCGCGAACAAAACAGAAGAUCAGCAAGAAGAGGAAGGCAGACGCUCGGAGGGACCGGUGAGAUGGGGCGUGUAUACUCACACAAAGCAGCUUCCGUGCCACACUCUACGGGGUGGAGUUCAAUAUACCAGGGCA